AUGGACAUUAUCGUGAACUCGCUGUACUCCAACAAGGACGUCUUCCUCCGCGAGCUCGUGUCCAACGCUGCCGACGCGUGCGACAAGAAGCGGUUCCUCGCCCUGACGGAGAGCGACGCACCGCCGGAGGCGAUGAAGCUGCGGAUCACGACCGACAAGGAGAAGCGCACCCUGAUGAUCGAGGACAACGGCGUGGGCAUGCAGAAGGCGGAGCUGGUGGAGAACCUGGGGCGCAUCGCCCGCUCGGGCACCGCCAACUUCGUGCAGAACUUGCAGUCGGGCUCGGACGACGUGAGCCUCAUCGGCCAGUUCGGCGUCGGGUUCUAUCGAGUUCGGCAAUUCUUGGCGCAGGGCCUCGACGAGCUCGGCGUCCAGGUGCCCGACCUCUCGGGCUUCGCGGUCAAGCUUUGCGAGCGCGUCCCGCAGUGCUCGCAGCAGACCCUUGUUCGUAUCGAGGCGCCCGUGGGGCAGGCGCUGGCUGGCAUUGCAGGCGCGCCUGGCGACGAGCGGGAGUCCAAGUGCCCGAAGGGGAAGAGGAAGUUCGUGGCCUUCAUGGUAAGCUGCGGCACGCCUUUGGAAGGCGACAGGGUGGUCAAGCCUCUCCGGCUUUCUCGCCUAUGUAAGCCCUUUGUGAUGCUGCUGCUGGCCAUGGUGUCCUUCUACUUCAUCAUUCUGAGCGAGUGGCAGCGCCUGGAUCUGCCAGCAGGUGCCAGGUUCGGGCACGGCUCUGACCGGGCGCCACCCGCAGCAGCGCCUGGUCUUGACGCUGGGACCGCUGGUGCGCUGCCGGGCGCGGCGGCGCACGGUCCCCCCGCGGCGCCUCGUGCCCAACCGGCUGAGGCCCCUGAAGCGGCGAUGGUCGAACCAGCACGUCUCUUCCAGGAGGAGGUCGUCGAGGCGCCCGUGGAGCUCAAGUUGGAUCUGCUUCUACCGGUGCCGCUGCGCCGUGGCACGGCCCCCCUCCACAUCGCCACCUUCAACGGGGACACGUGGCAAGGGGCUCGCACGGUGCUGGAGUGGAACGCUGCAGCCGGCAGGCGCUUUGACGUGGCCUUCGUUCAGGAGACGAGGUUCCCCGACUCCGAGGCGGCUGGGGACGCUCGCCAGUGGUGCUUGGGCCAGGGCUGUCAUCUUGCCCUGGGCCCUCCUCGUCGGACUGGCGCUGAGCGUCUGGCUGUCAGUGGCGGCGUGGGCCUCUGCAUCGGCACGCACAUUGGGGUCUUCAGUGGCAUUGCUGUCCCUGAUGAGUGGAGCCAUCGCAUUGUGGCCAGGAAGAUCCACCUCGGCGAGGGCUCGGUCCUCUUGGUGAUCUCUCUCUACAUGAUCACCUCCAUCGGCCUCACUGGUGAUAACCUGGCGCUCCUUGCGGAGGCUGUCGGAUCUGAGGAGUCGGUCAAGCCCAGGGAGCAGCCCACCUCCGAGUCGCAGCGGGAGGCUGCGGAGUUGCUCGAGCCCUUGGAGUGUUUGCAGACAGCCAGUGCGAGGUGGUUCGACCUAGCCGAGGUGGGCUCGCUGGCGGUUGAGGGCGUUUUGCAGGAGUGGCUUCCGCUUUGGAUCAAGGACUCGAGGAAUGAUGAGCAGCACGCCUCCGAGUGGAAUGUGGCGACAACCCUUGAGCCCAUCAGUGUCUCGCAGGUGCGCUCGGCCAUCCUCUUCUUCGGCAGGAGGAAAGGCCUGGGCUGGGACUCCUUUCAUCCGCGGCUGCUCGGGGAGCUCUCGGACGCCUUGGUUGCUCGAUUUGCGGCCAUCUUAAACCGGUUUGAGCUCACUGCCGAAAACGGUCAGCUCAGCCGUCUCGAGUAUUUCGGCAAUAAGGCUGCCGAUGAAUAUGCCAAGCGAGGCGCCUCAUUGGGUCGAAUCUCUGCCGCUGAUCGUGCCGUCGUCGAUGGUUGCUUUGAGUUGUCCCGGCUGUUGUGCAAGUUCUCAGCUGAGCAAGAAGCUCGGAUCGGGGACAGUGGGCAGUUCGACCAUGUCGGCAUCGAUUGGCUGAGGCACAUCACCCUUGAGGCACCCGCGGGUGCCUUCCUGGUCAUGUGGCGGGCGGUCGAGGUCGUGUCCAAGAGCUUCAAGGAGGAGGGUGCGGACCAGAAGGCCUGGAGGUGGAUCUCCCAGGGCAACGAGUUCACCAUCCAGCCCGCUCCCGAGGAGGAGUUUUUCGGCGAGCAGAGCGGCACGAAGCUGAUCCUGCACCUCCGCGAGGAGGCCCAGGAGUACUUGGACACGGGGAAGUUGUCCGACCUGCUGAAGAAGUACAGCGAGUUCAUCACGUUCCCGAUCGAGUUGUGGAACGAGAAGGUCCAGUACGACCAGGUGCCAGACGAGUCCGCCCCGCCUCCGAAGGAGGGCGAGAAGCCGAAGAUGAAGAGCGUCCCGCGCUCGGUCUACGAGUGGGAGGUCAUGAACAAGAUGAAGCCCAUCUGGCUGCGCAAUCCGGAGGUGGUGAACCAGUCCGAGUACACCGAGUUCUACAAGACCACCUUCAAGGCGUUCGACGAGCCCUUGUCGACGACGCACUUCAAGGUCGAGGGCCAGAUCGAGUUCCGGGCGCUCAUGUUCAUCCCAGCCACUAUGCCUUUUGAGUUGACGCGGGACAUGUUCUCGGAGGGAGGCCGCGCCAUGCGGCUGUACGUGAAGCGCGUGUUCAUCAAUGACAAGUUCGAGGAUCUGAUCCCCCGCUGGCUGACCUUCGUCAGGGGCGUCGUGGACUCGGAGGACCUGCCCCUCAACGUGGGCCGAGAGAUCCUGCAGAAGAGCCGGACGCUGAAGAUCAUUCGGAAGCGCCUCGUGAGGAAGGUGCUGGAUUCGAUCGACGACCUGCGCGAGCAGAAGCGCGACAAGUACGACCAGUUCUGGAGCAACUACGGCAAGUACUUCAAGGUCGGCCUCGUGGAGGAUCUGGACUACAAGGACGAGCUGAAGCGUUUCGUGCGCUUCUACUCCUCCACGAGCGGCGACAACAUGACCAGCCUGCCCGAGUACGUGGACCGCAUGAAGGAGGGCCAGGACAAGAUCUAUUUCGUGACCGGCGAGGGCAAGAAGGCGGCGGAGAUCGCGCCAGCCAUGGAGAAGAUGAAGGCGAAGGGCUACGAGGUUCUCUACAUGGUCGACCCCCUUGACGAGAUCUGCAGCCAGAGCAUUGUCGACUUCGACGGCCGCAAGCUCGUGGACAUCAACAAGGCGGGGCUGGACCUGGACAAGACGGAGGACGAGAAGUCCAAGUUCGAGAAGCUUACGAAGGACUACGAGGAGGUGGCCGCGUGGCUCAAGAAGCAGCUUGGCGAGCGCGUGCAGAAGGUCGAGAUCGGCGACCGCCUGGUGGACUCCCCCGCCACCCUCGUCCAGGGCGAGUGGGGAAUGUCGCCCAUGAUGCAGCGCUACAUGAAGUCGCAGACCACCUCCAGCUCGCAGGACAGCGCCUUCGCCAUGGGCUCCCGGAACCAGGCGAUCUUGGAAAUCAACCCCGAGCACCCGGUCAUCCAGAAAUUGAGGACGAUGCAGCAGACCGCUCCCGAUUCCGAGGAGACGGAGGACAUGGUCAUGAUGGUGUACGAGACUGCCGCCCUCAUCGGCGGCUACAACAUUGAGGACCCUGGCGAGUUCGCCAAGCGCGUCACCAAGCUCAUGGUGAACAUGGGCCCAGAGCCAGGCAGCGCUGGGGUCGUGGACGCUGAGGCCGCGUGAGCAGCCGGCGCCGUCGCCCUCGCCCUCGCCCGCCCUCUCGUCCUCCUCCCUCCUCCCAGUGCUUUCCCGCCCCUUCCUCGCCACCUCGGCGGCGCCAGUUUUGCUUUCACCUGUCUGGCCCAGCGAUCCCGGGAUUGUCCAGGAUCUCCAGGCUAAGCAACGGCCUGGAGGGUGUAGUUCUCCGCGCGGGGCACCAGAUUUUGAAGCUUGGCACCCCGCGGCGGAGCGAAGCCCCGGCGGCGCGCCUGGUCGCGGCGACCUGCCCAGCUCCUCCGUUCCUAGGUUCCUCGCCCCUAUGGGGCUGUAAUCAAUCUACCUCAGGCGCCUCUCGCUGCUCGCCAUUCGAGUUCCACGCGUGCGAAUGGCUCCUCAGAGCGCGCGGGCGGUAAAAAGGAACUUCUCUUCGGCAUCACCCCAACAUGCUCUUACUAUGUGUGCGUCGCGUCGCCCCGCCGACGCGCGCACCGAGAAAUC